CCCGCCUGGGAGCCUGCAGGGAGCGAAGCUGCGGAGCAGCCUGGUGCCCCGCAUCCGUGGGUCCCUUCCUGCGUCCUUCGGUCCAUCUGAACGCGCGCUACAGGAGCAGCCAAGAGGUAGAAGCCGGGUGGCAUGGCGACGAGCACAGAUGUCGCAGGGCUGGAGGAGAGCUUCCGCAAGUUUGCCAUCCAUGGCGAUCCUAAGGCCAGCGGGCAUGAGAUGAAUGGCAAGAACUGGGCCAAGCUGUGCAAGGACUGCAAGGUGGCCGACGGGAAGGCUGUGACAGGCACUGAUGUUGACAUCGUCUUCUCCAAAGUCAAGGGCAAGUCUGCUCGGGUCAUCAACUAUGAGGAGUUCAAGAAGGCGCUGGAAGAGCUGGCAACCAAGCGAUUCAAGGGGAAGAGCAAGGAGGAGGCUUUCGAUGCCAUCUGCCAGCUGGUGGCAGGCAAGGAACCAGCCAACCUGGGUGUUACCAAAGCAAAGACAGGGGGCGCUGUGGAGCGGCUGACUGACACCAGCAAGUACACCGGCUCCCAUAAGGAGCGCUUUGAUGAGAGCGGCAAAGGCAAGGGCAUCGCUGGCCGGCAGGACAUCCUGGACGACAGUGGCUAUGUGAGUGCCUACAAGAAUGCGGGCACCUAUGACGCCAAGGUGAAGAAGUGAGGCCCAGGAAGGCCCUCUGAUGCGGCUGCCCCUGCCAGGGGCCUGGGCCCACGGGGCGCGAGGAACAAGAGAACCCGGUUCCCUCCCUGCUGGACACCUGCCACCCAGAGCUGCCUGCCCUGCCCCAGGGUGCCGGCCCCCAGGCCUUUGACCCAGACUGCCCCCCAUCCCCUGCCCCCUCCCUUCCCUCUUGACUUCUGCCUGGAGACAGUGCCUACAGCCUUACUGCCCCUCCCAGAGCCCUGGGCCCGGCUCACCUUCCUGCCUGCUUGCCUCAUAUUUAAGCUGCUGCUCUGGCCAAGUGCCUAAUUCUUACCCAGACCUCAAUAAAGAAGCCUUUUGUACCA